UUGUGGAGCCUGGGAGCUGGAGCUGUGUGUGAGUGAGUAAUGCUUUCAGAUAGUGCUGGUUGACAGAGGGAGGCUGUUAGAUAGCGGCAAACCUUAGCUGGCCAGGAUUGUUGGUGGAGCUUUACCAUAGAUAUUUCUGUGAUUUGUGGUUGAUGUUUUUUUUUUGUUUUUUUUUGUGAUUAGAUCGUCAGAAACUGUACUGUGGACACCGAUAAUGUACUUCAGUUUGGUCUGUUGAUCAUGAAGUGAAUAAUUACUUCUGCUAAUGUAUCAAAGAAAAGAAAAAGAAAAUUUUGUGUUUCACAGUCAUUAGUUGUUUUUUGAAUUAAUUUCGUAUAUCUAAAAUUUCAAAUAUUCACAGCCAUCUACUGUUCAUUAUUGCCAUUUUGUACUGUAAUUUUUUUACAGAAUUAACAUUUUAUUUAAAGUUAUAUAUUUCUGCCUGUAAUGUUAGCUUACUUUUAAUUAGUGCUUGAUUUUUGUUUGUUUUUGUUAAAUUUAUGUGGCUGAAGCUACAGAGAAUCAGAUGUUGUUAGUGGCUUUUAGGUACUGAAUAGCCAGGUUUUAAAUUCUUGUUUGGGUAUUAGAAUGUUCAUCUAAGGCCUAAGAUAGCUAGAACGAAGCUCACACACAGCCAUGCUUUGCUUUUGGGUUCUGUUUGUGGCUGUUUUAACUGUGUGCCCAUUUUGUGAGGCCCAGUACCUGGACCAUGCUCCUCUCAUUAUCCAGUAUCGUGUCUUGGAAGAGCAGCCAGCAGGCACAAGGGUGGGGCGCCUGUUGGACGAUCUACGUCAGAGAGGGGAGACUGGGUCACUGGAAGACUUCCGGGUUGUUGAGCAUGGUCAGGCCCUGCCAUUCUCAGUGGCCACAAGAGAUGGGGUGGUGUCAACACUGGGAGAGCUUGACCGGGAGAAGCUAUGUCGUGGCGCUGACCACUGUGAACUAGACUUUAGUGUCCUCUAUAGGAAAGGUGGAGCUGUGCACUUCCUGCGUGUAAGAGUGGAGGUGAUGGAUCUGAAUGAUCACAGUCCUGUCUUUCCCAACCCAAUGCAGGAGGUGGAGAUCUCAGAAACAGUGGGACUGAGGACACGUAUUCCACUGGAUCGUGCUGUGGAUCCAGAUGCAGGUCCCAAUGGUUUGCAGACCUACUACCUUUCGCCCAACCACCACUUUGCACUAGAUGUUCGUUCCUCUGGAGGUACCAAACAGGCAGAGUUAGUAGUUAUUAAAGAACUGGACAGAGAGACACAAGAGUCCUUUGAGUUAACGCUAGAAGCCUGGGAUAAAGGCAGCCCACCCAAGUCUGGUAGCACCAAAGUCAAAGUCAUAAUCCUAGACUCCAAUGACAACAGCCCUGUGUUUGAAGAAAGUACCCCAAUAGUGGAGCUUCCAGAGGACACACUGCAAGGCACAGAAGUUAUCAACCUUCAUGCCACAGACCCUGAUCAGGGUGCUAAUGGAGAAGUUGAGUACUCACUCAGUAAACAUUCACCAGAAGACGUGCAAAGACUUUUUAGUGUUGAUCCUGAAACGGGUACUGUAGUUUUAAAAGGCCCAUUGGACUUUGAACAGAAAAUAUCCUAUGAGAUAGACAUUCAAGCUAAGGAUCGGGGGCACAAUGCCAUCCCAUCUCACUGCAAGCUGCAAAUCAGACUUCAAGAUGUCAAUGACAAUGCACCCCGGAUACACGUUACAUGGACACCUCCAGAUUCCCCUGUGGCAACUGUGUCAGAAGGAGCAUCAAAUGAGACCUUCUUGGCUCUCGUGAUGGUGUCUGAUGCUGAUUCUGGACCAAACGGGAAAGUGCAAGCCCAUAUUCAGGAUGGGUCAGGCCCAUUCCGUCUCAAGCAAAUCCAUGCAGAUAACUACAUGAUCGUUACUAAUGGAAACCUAGAUCGGGAGCAACAGAUGGAGUACAAUCUGACUCUUCUGGCACAAGACAGUGGUGUUCCCUCUCUAUCUUGUGUCAGGCACCUGACUGUUCAUGUACUGGAUGAGAAUGACAAUGCACCAGUGUUUUCCAAGACUCACUACAAGGGUGUCUUCAAGGAGAACAAUGCACCUGGAUUCCAAGUCUUGACUUUGAAGGCCCAUGAUGUUGACCUGGAUCUCAGUGGAAAGGUGUCAUACUCAAUUAGAGAGUCAAAUGAACUGGAGACACCAACUGCUUCCUUCUUUGUCCACCAAACCAGUGGUGCUGUCAUUGUCCUGAAGUCAUUAGACUAUGAAGAAUCACCCAAAUACUCCUUUAUUGUGGAUGCAAUCGAUCAUGGUUUCCCUCCACUGACCAGCAGUGCCACUGUGCUUAUUGAGGUUGAGGAUGCUAAUGACAACUAUCCUAUCAUUAAGGAGCCACUUCCUAAGAAAGGUGUUGCAGUCAUUAGUGUCCCAGUUAAUACAGAAAAGGGAGAAGUUGUGACUGAACUUGGAGACAAAGUACACAGAAACCUGCAUCCACUGAGCAAUCGCUCUUUCCACCACAGACCUGAAGGGUUUCUGGCCACAACCAUUGUGGCCAGUGAUCGUGACUCAGGUCUAAAUGGGAAGCUUCAAUUCAGAAUAAUUGACGGGAACCCCUCAGGACUGUUCUGGCUUGACGAAACCACAGGUCAGUUAUAUGUGAACAGCACCAAUGCCACUGAAUUGAUAGGCAAAGUGUUUAAAGUGGCCAUUGAAGUAUCAGACAUGGGAACACCUGCACUCGUCACACAAACAACAAUGGAGGUGACAUUCAUUAACCUUCGUGACCACCUUAAGAACUCUUCUCCUGGUCAUCAGGCUCAGUUCAGUUUCACGAUGCUUUUAGCUAUCUGUCUUGGGGGAACCUGCUUGCUAUUGCUCUUAACCGUUGCUUUGGUUACCACAUUCUGUCGCCCAGAAAAACGAGACAACCAUUCUUACAACUGUAGAGAAGCUGAGUCUACCUACACUAGUCACCCCCGCAGGCCACAGAAACACAUUCGCAAAACCGACAUACAACUGGUACCCGUCCUAAGGGGUCAUAGAGAUGACCCACCAGAAGAAGAGGUCCACCCACUCUCAUCUGGGUCACCUCUACCAGAAGACCCACCCCCACAGGGCCAGCUCAGUCUUUCUCCAACACUUGCUCGUAUGGCAAGAAGCCAAGCUUAUCCAGAUAACGAGAGGAUCCUUCAACUAACACAGGGCAAAACACUCAGGAAACCUGGAAAUAUAGAGUUAGACUGCCCACAUAGCCCUACAAUGUCCUACAGAACCUUACGCAAGGCCCGGAACCCUUCCUUGUCUUCAUCCUCAUACUCACAGACCAGCACGUUGAGGCGCCACAAGCUUGAAGACAUCAUCACACCCAUUGACUCCUCAGAGACUGUAGCACAUGGACCUUUCACACAAACUACUCUCCGGAAGCCGAAAAACUCAGAAAGAGUCGAAGGGAUGGAGGAACAAGACCACAGACAGAUUCUCAGAAACCUGGUGCGGCUGUCCAUGGCUGCCUUCGGAGAGAACUCAAUUGAACUAUCUUCUGCUUCACCUGAAGUUCAGCAAGUGUCUCAGCUGUUGUCUCUGCUGCAUCAAGGCCAGCUUCAGCCUCGACCAAAUUUCCGUGGCAACAAAUAUUCCCACCGAACUGGCCGGUCAGGCAUGCAGGACGCUGAUUGGCUGAGUACCAAGGACAGCGGGCAUGGAGAGAGCGAACCCGGAGAUGUGGACUGGGAGGCAGGCAGGGACUCUCCUGUUGACCAACUACUCGAAGAGGGCCUCAACAAUCCUGAUGACGUUUUCUCAGAUUUUCCCGACCCUGCAUGGAUGGCCCGGCUCUCCCUCCCUCUGACCAGCGACUAUCAUGAAAACCUUUACGUUCCUGAUGGGCUACCGCCUCCAGAUUGCCCAAACUCCACUUUGGGCAGCCUUGACGACUCGACCUCCUUCUCCACCUUUGGGAAGACCCAAGAGAAGCCCGGCAGCUUGGGAGGUGAAGCCCUGCUGUCGGAAGUGAGCACGCUCUUCGAAAUGCUCCUGACACAGAAGGCCGAUGCCCAGCCACGCACACCAGCUGACGUGCUGUACAGACUUUCCGCGGCCUACCGCCGCUCCUUGGGCAUGGAUGCGCCAUCAGGGGCCAAAUGAAAAACAGCGGAUGAUUCCAACAGUGCGCUGUGCCACUCUAAGCCCUAACUGGCGGUUUGGCGAUGAACCCCCAAAUCCAUUUCUUAGUCUUGUCGACCUUCCCUCCGCCCUCCUGAACUUUGUAUUUGUGAAUGAAUGUGUACCACAUGCACUCCCUGGGGGCGUAAAAAUGGAGUGGACUAAUCCUCACUUGGGUGUCGGUUUGCAUGCUAGACGGCCAGCUUAACUAAAUGAGAGGUCAGCUAUGUCACACUUAGCUAACGAGUGGACAGCUCUGGUAUCAGGUUAAGGCAAGCUAUCAUUAGUUAAUGUUAUGCCAACUAGCUGCAUUAACUAUGAGAGAUAACAGCUAAGCUACUCUUAGCGAACUAGUGGCCUUAGCUUACUAGCAGACUGCGCUGCUGUUUGGCUAAGGAAAGCCAACCUUAGUUAAUGUUAGCUAGCAUUUAGCUUCCACAGACUGCAGUUUACUGACUUGGCUAACGAUCGUUAGCUGAAAGUUUAGCCAUAGCUUGCUGGGAGGGAAAAAAACAAGCGCGCUGAUGGGGGGUUACUUUUUGCCACAGGGCAGGACGAAUGCAUCUUGGAAUAUGGCACUGCUUGAAAUGUGUGGUUUUGGAGACGCUGAGUCAAAGCAAUGAAAAAUUGGAAAGGUUGCUAUGAGACAAGACCGUCUACCAAAAAUGACCUUCAGGGGGUCGGGAUUCCCCUUAUUAGCAUGUUUUGGGUCCACAGUUUUGGUUUUAAGCAGUUUUUCAUAUCACCACCUUUUGCCUGGCCUGUCUGGCACAGGCCGAGGCCAACUGAGGCAAAACACACUAGUCUGUUUCAUAUAUACUGGGAUCCACUCUGUGUGUGUGAGAGAGAUAGAGAGAGAGAGAGAGAGAGAGAGAGAGAGAGAGAGAGAGUUUCAGCUUCAUGUUGUAACCCAGCAGUUUCAUGAUUUUGCAUUUUGUACAGUGUCUUCAUUGGUGCUUUUCUUACACACUAGUUUGUGGGAGGUAGCCCAGGAUUCUAUAAGGGCCUGCAGAAGGAAAUAGCUCUUUGUCUUCUCUUAAGACUAAACACUAACAGAACUGGUCCCGUCUCGAAGAAGGAAUGCCUGAAAUUUUCUACCACAAUGGACGUUGAGUAGCCCUGCUUCCUCUGCCGUAGUCAGGCUUUGAGCGACUCCCACUGCCGAUGAUUAUUUCCCACAUCUCUUUUGUAAAUACUAUACUGGCUGAAAAGUGUAAUGUUUGGAGACUUUAAACAGUGUAAGCACAGACAUAAUGCCGGAUUUUAAGUAUUGCAGAUGAUGUUCUGUGACUGAACAUUGAAAAAAGAAACAAAGCUGAUGUCGCUACAGUAAUAAGUCAACCUCUAUUAAUAAUGUUUAUUGUCUGUAGUCAGAAAAACAAAGAAAAAAAAUACAAUAAGCGCAUUCACUUUCCAGAUGAUGCGUAGGAACUAAACAGGAAAGGUGCCAUAAGUUAUUGUUUCUGAAAGUCAAGAUGUAGAUUUCUUUCAUUUUUUCAAUAUGCCUUAUUAGGAAAUAUUUGGUGCUUUUUAUUUGUGAAUAACUGAUGGCACUUUGCAUAUACUUUUUUGUAUACCAGUUGAAUGAAAUAAACAUUUAUGAAAAGUC